AUGAAAUACAACCCAAGCACUGAAUGCAAUGUUGUAGUUGAUGGAAUUGAUAGGCCUGAGCCCCCAUUAUUCUUAAGAAUGUUCAUAUGCCUUGCACCAGCAGCAAAGGGAUUUCUGUCAGGUUUUAGACCACUGAUUGGGGUUGAUGGAUGUCACCUAAAUGGUCCAUACCCUGAUCAUAUAUUAGUUGCAGUUGGUAAAGAUGGAAACAACAACAUCUACCCUAUUGCAUGGGCCACAACUGAAAUAGAGAACACGGAGACUUGGGGGCUGCUUGAAGCAUUGCAACAAGUUAUGCCAUAUGCAGAAACUAGGUAUUGUGUCAGACAUACAUGGGAAAACAUCAAGUUGCAAUUCAAUGAAGCUACAUUCAAGGAGUUGUUCUGGUCAGCAGCAAGGGCAACAACACUGUUUGACUUUGAAGUAACAAUGGAGUCAAUAAAGUUCUUGUCAGAAGAAGCUUAUGAUUAUCUUGUUAAUAUCCCUCCUGAACACUGGUCUAGGAAUUCUUUCAGUUCUUUCCCUAAGUCAAACAUGUUGCUCAACAACAUUUGUGAGACUUUUAAUGCUGUUAUUAAAGAAGGUAGGGAUAAACCAAUCUUGACUCAAAUGGAGUGGCUUAGGAGGUAUUUCAUGAAAAGAAAUCUUGAUAAGUGGGAAAGCUUUCAGAGAAUGGAAGGAAAGGUGACUCCAUAUGUGAAGAAGACAUUCCAAAUAAUUGAAUCAGUUGCAAAGUACUACGUUGUACAAUUUUCUAGGGGUGAUAGUUAUGAAUUUGAGCUUAACUCAGACCUAUUAACAGUUGACCUGAGUAAGCAUACAUACAACUGCUACCAUGGGAACUCACUGGUACCCCUUGUGUCCAUGCAUAUGCAUGCAUAA